AUGCCAUUUGUCCAGGUUGUGGGUAUGACGUCGACUGGGAAGUCUUUUUGUAUCGCACAUGCCGUUAUUUGUAAAGAACGAAGGGGUAACUAUGUGUGGGUGCUUGAGCGGAUCAAGUCAAUAUUGCAUGAAUGUAUGAUGCCGCGUGUGAUAGUCACGGAUAGGGAGCUUGCCCUAAUUAACGCGUGUUCUAAAGUAUUCCCGAACACAACCAGACUUCUAUGCCACUUUCACAUCCAACAAAAUAUAGCUAGACAGUGCAAGAAAGGGUUCGAUAAAGAAGAUUGGGGGAAAUUUAUGUCGUACUGGCGGAGAUUGUGCGAAUCUUCAUCAGAGCCCAUGUACAAGUACAACUUGGAGAAAAUGUAUAACCGACUCGUGGUUGCCAACCGAGAAAGUGUCUAUGAUUACGUCUACGAAAACUGGCUCAAAGACUAUAAAGAAAUGUUCGUUUAUGCAUGGACCGAUAAGUGUCGCAACUUUGGUCAGCGCACCACCAACAGAGUUGAGAGCCAGCGCGCAAAUUUAAAAAGAUACAUUACGCGCGGGAGUUCAUUGGAGCGAAUAGCAAGAUGCAUCAUUGAUAUAGUUGAAACUCAGUACGAUGAAAUACAAAAAAGUUUCACUGAGAGCAUCGAAAAAACGAUGAACCACCACAGACACCGAAUGUUGGACAACCUACGUGGAAAGGUUUCCCAUGAAGCACUUGAUUUGCUGGCAAAAGAGCUAUUGAGGAAGAUGGAGGUGUUGCAGAAACUUAACGCAUCAUGUGGUUGCCAUAUGUGGCUUAGCAAUGGAUUGCCGUGUGCUUGUAGGCUGGAAAACUACAAAUGUACAGGGCGUAUAAUACAACUCGACGACAUAGAUGUAUUCUGGCGUAAGCUUGACUUGCUCCCGUGUAAACUGGUAGACGAGGAGGUCGAUGUUGUAGCAGGGCUAAAUAAUGUGCGACAACAUUUAGAGGCGCAGUCCCCCGUUCAGCAAAAGAGUUUGCUUUCAAAGAUAAAAGCGGUCUUCAACCCGAAAUCGUCAACCAAGAAACCACCGAUCGUCCAGCAAAAUACUCGCGGUUGGCCUAAAUCAAAGAAAGUACAAGAAAGGCUAGAUGAAGCUGCGAGGUUAGACGAAGUUGCGAGACACAGCUCCUAUGGCGAGGACAGCAUCGUAUAUACCGCUUCCCCCAAACAUAGGUACGAUUUACCCCGACACAGCUCAUACGUACCGUCAGAGGGCUCUCGUGGAACCGGUUCGGUUAUAAAGUCUGAAAAACCUAAAAUGCAACGAAACAGUUCAACGAGUUAUAAAAACAAGGAGACGCGGGAUGAUAAGGGUUUUCCAUUAAUGAAGGGGGACGAGCACUUGUUAAGCAUUCAGAGGUUUAAGGAUCAAAUUCCCUCAGAGUUUCACUCUUACAUAUCGCGUAUACAAGAUGUGACCCCAGACGGUCAUUGUGGGUACAGGUCUGUGGCUGUCGGGUUAGGUUUUUCGGAACACGCAUGGUCCAAUAUUCGAAGAGAUUUACUACUGGAGAUUGACCAUAACAAGGCGCGUUGGAAGCAUAUAUUCAAAACAUAUAACAAAGGAGACUUUGAACAAAUACGUAAGAGUAUCGAAUGGCAUUCAUUGAAAGCGUGCGGUCCAAGUCACUGGAUGGAAAUGCCCCAGGUAGGGCUUCUCGUAGUGCAAAGGUAUAAUAUUGUCCUCCACGUGCUAAGCAUCGAAUGGAGCACUACCAUCUUCCCAUUAACGGAUGCCCCACUAGAUCCACGACCUCAAGCGAUAACGCUCGUACAUGUUGACAGGGGACACUUCAUACAUGCUAAGUUGGAAGGAGACUACCCCAUGCCUUUAGCGACCCCGUUGUGGUUGACACAUCGAUCAAUAGCUGCGGAAUGGUGGGAAGAAAUGUAUAGACCGCGGUUACAACACUACUACGAGUUAAUCAAUCCUAAAGCAGACAAAGACAGAGAACCGAGUAUAAAUGAAAUCGAAGAUUAA